AUGGACGCUGCUCUGUACCUCGCCCAUGGCGGCACAAUAAAGAGAGGCCAGGACCGGCAUCAGCCAUCCUCAACUGCAGCAAACACCUCUCCCAAGAACUCUCCUCAUUCCUCUUCCCUCAAAACUCAAACGGCGAGAUUCCAAAUCUCACCAUCGUCAUCACGGUUACGUGCCGAUAGACGCCUGGCUAUCGUUGGCAAUCGAGCCCGAGGACCCGCGCGGUUCUACGACGUCAACGACGUGGACAACCCAGCCUUUGACGUCCUUCGCGAAGCUAGGCAGAUCAACAUGAUUCACAUCCGAUUUGACGGCUCUUGGUUUGGCAACGAGACGCCUCUGUACUCGCUACCCGGAAAGCGCAGAGCGCCGUUUAGAGAAGCCCCGGUUUACGAUGCCGAGGCGUUUUGGCGACAAUGGGAUAAUUAUUCUGUUUCUCUGUCACUGGGCCAAGAAUGCGAGACCAGGUUCGGCAUCGUUAGAACGAUUACGUUCCCCACGAACAAGAAUCCCGAUGGGAUGCUGACUCCCGAUGAUGAUUAUGGGGAUGGGUUGGCGGAUCAACUAAAAGGGAUUGGGCCGACCGAGAAACCACCGAUUGUUGAAAAGACCUCUCUUCACGAUAUGAAACGCCUCUUUGCCGCAUCGAAUCGCUGUUCAAUCAAUGCAGCGAUGAAGAUUACGAUAUUUGGGCUUUUCGAGAGCACCAAGGCACUACAUCAGACUCGUCGGCUCGGAACUCUUUCUAUCGACUGCAACGUCUAG